AUGACACCCUGUGUUUUUGCCGCCAGGAAUAAAAUAAACAUACUUGGCUCAGACAAAGGGUCGUCUACAGUGCAGAUCGCUUCACCCUUCAUAGAGGAUGCCUUUGUAUCGUCGCUACAAGUGCAGUAUGGCGAAUUUAACAUCCGAUCCGCCAGCGGGCAACAGUGCGCCAUAAGCGAUCCUCCGGAUCACCUGGCCACCACUUUCCUCUUAGCGCCUUCUGCCGUGUACUUCACAUCCAAUUCGCACGUCGAAAUUGGGCUCGACCUGGGCAGGUGGCACACGGACAGACACGUGUUUGAAAUCGACUUUGGCAAUUGCUCUAUUCUGAAUUAUCCCGAUACAUUCCGCAGCCCUCGCCUACACAUCAACGCCAAUGAUUGCUCCGGCACAGUCCGCUUCAGCGUCCUUCUGGCCGAUCUGCAAUCGUGCAACGCCACUGUGGUGUCUGACAGCAACACCGACGAAUUCGACGCCGUGGGUUUUGGCGUCGACAUCAAGGUCAAGCUGGCCGACAACGGCGUGCCGCUGACGCUGAAAAUGGCGGAGACCCGGCUGAACGCACAUUUGACCGAGGACGCAGGAGCGGCCAUCGUUUUCACUCAACCACGAGUAACGAGUGAAUCUGUGCGAGUCGUAGUCGAAACGAAUCCGGAAGAGGUGUCGAAAGUAUUUGUCAACUUCGCUACCGACGCCAAAUACCGCGGCGUGGAAGGCACCGAGGGAGAGGUGAUAUUCACACCUCACCUGCCAACGUCGGAUGACAACGACAGUGCUGAGACGCUCUACACACCCUCGCCAGGAAGUAUCAGCGGCUCUGUACUGGACAGCACAACGCUCAGACCCAUAGGGGGUAUGAAAGUCACCUACAAGGGCCUGGCCGACCCUUUCGCGGAUUCCGGUCUGAUGCCCGCGGCCAAGUUUAUCACAGUGGCCGACGACGGCACCUUUGUACUCGGAGAGUUAGACCCCGGCUACUACGUCGUGUGCGUAGACUUCACCCACCCGCUCGCCGGUGAUCGUGUGGGUGAGACCUGGGCGGUCUCGAACGACCCAGACGCAUACACUAACGGAUGCACUGAGGUGCGUGUGCUGGGAGGCACAUACACAGAUAUGGGAGCCUUCGAGUACGCUCCCCCUAGUACGCUGAGUGGGGUGGUCACGAAGGGCGUGGAGAAGGAAGCCGUCGCAGACAUGGAGGUCGAUCUGGUCCAGAUAACUGGCUUAGGAGACUCAGUCACCUACACUGUUAAGACCACGUCCAACGGUGUCUUCCACUUCGAAGGUCUGGAGGAUGGCACAUACUCCGUGCAGCUGCCAGCAACGGCGCCCCAUGGCAGCGUACUAGACGACAGCCUCCCCACAGACCGCGUAUACAUCAUUGCUAACGGCGUGCCUGUGUCCGGCAUUGCAGUUCAGUAUGCCCUAUCCUCGCGCAUUACCGGCAAGAUGGUGUCUGUGAGCGGAGACAUAGUCGAGGGCGUACGUGUGGAGCUACUUCGGUUGUCCGUGCCAGUUGACGCGAGCAGUGCAGAAGCCAACGAGCCCAUAGAGGAGGUGGCGGUCUCUGACGGGGACGGUGUUUUUGUGUUCGCAAACCUAGAUCCUGGAACGUACCUGGUCACGGUCCCCGAUAUAUCAACGAGCGGCGGAUCGCUUGUGGAAGCGCCCACAGAUUUGACAGUAGACAUGAUGGAGGAGAAGCAGGUGUUCGAGGUGCAUCUAAUGGAGGGCGACGAUGCGAACAUCGGAACGUUCGCCUUCAGCGAAGCGAGUGGCGUCAGUGGGCGUAUUAUUAAUGCCCUGGGAAUGCCUGUGCAGACCUCCAUUUCCGCAAAGUCUGGGGAUACUGAAAUCACAACACAAUCCACAGCCGACGGGUUUUACUACUUCGAGGGCUUACCCAAAGGCGAACACACCAUCACCCUCAACGACCUGCCUUCAACCAUGGGCGUGACGGUGCUCACACCAGACGACAGUGAGUUUGUGGUGCAGGAACCAGUGGUGGCGGGUCUGUUUUCGCCGUUCUCUCUCACUUCCUUAUCGACUGAGUCGCCAGAUGGAUCGAUCACCAUUGAGUUCAAGGGAACCAUGGUUACGGGUAUCAGUUUCAUGAUGCAGGAAAAGGGCUCGAUUGCCGGGCGAAUGACCGAUUCGGACGGCACCGGAAUCUCUGGUGUACCUGUUGUCCUGACCGGCGCCGACGGCGACGGCGACGGUCGAGCCACAUCGAAUGCCUUGGGCUACUUCGCCUUUGAUAAGUUGCCAGUAGAUGGCCUGUACAAGCUCAUCGCUCCCGGCUUUGAGACCUUCCUACAAGUCGACAUGAACACCGUAACGCAGCUUGGCUCAUUUUCCGCCGAGCGCAGUGGGUUCGUCACGGGCACUGUUGUCAACGCUCACAACGGCGAACGCUUGAAAGAUGUGGAUGUCGUAUUGAGAGACUACACCAACGAGUACAAGGCAAUCACCACCACAGAUCAAACCGGGCGAUUCAUCCUGAUGUCCGUGCCCUACGGUUCGUACUACCUCAGCGUCCCAACAGACCACGAAGACCACGAGGUUGUGCACAACCCAGACAACACGAUCAGUAACACGUACCCUGUCGAGGUGCGUCAGCCCACCGUGGUGGAUGUGGGCCACUUUGCGUACUCGUCGCCUGCCACAGAGUUGCCUGACCGCGUGGAGGGCCGAGUCAUUGGCACGUACAAGGUGGAAAGUGUGCAAGGCACCGUGACAGGGACAGGAGGACUGGGUGGCAGCAUAGGGCACGAGACGACAGUGUCCGUUGAGAUGAUGGGGUGUGAAUUGGGUGGCAAGUACACCUUCAAGGGUCUGUCGUUUGACUCCACCGACAACACUGAGGCUCAGAUCGUACGAGAGACCACGGACAUGAGCUUCUUCCUGACCACGGGCAACACGUGUGGCGUAGCUGGCAGCAAGUUUGCGCCGGUGAUGAAGGGGAUGGUGAAGCGGGCGAACCAGGACUACGAGGUGGACGCCGAAGGCUUGGGAGCGGCUGUGGGUAUGAACGACAUGACGUACUGGGCUAUCGGCCUAUGGUCGGACGAGGAGCGUGUGGAGGUGACGAAGGGCGAGAUCACCCAGGCAAAGCUGGUUGCCGGGGGAGUGGAGUGCAGCAGUGAAGCUGUAGACGUGCUCGCCAAACUCAGCACAACCAAGAUAGAGACAAGCAGUGUGAACGCCUUCUUGGCAGCCGCCAUUGCCCAACAGCAGGACACGCAGCCUACAGAGCCCACAGUCAUUCUCACGUCCCUGCAGUUGAGCCCAGCCAUGACCUGCCAGACCGAUGUAGUGCGAGAGGGCGUGGCCAAUCGGCCUGGCAUGGGGCUGGUUCUGCACCUGUCUAUAAAUGUUGACUACGAGCAACGCGGCGGGUAUGUGCCCGAAGCCAACCGUUUCCAGGGCCAUCUGCGCCGUAGUGCAGCGCCUCGUUUGCGUCGCAGGCGGCAGGCGGUGGUAAAGAACAGAGACACGCUGACUGCUAGUGAGUCCUUCGCGGCACACUACGACACGCCCGUGGUCUUGACGGCUGCGACGGCUGCGAUUGGGUCCAAUCCCCUGCCAGUUCUGGGCGAUACAUCCGCAACUGAACCAGCCGCGCAGGAGCCUGAGUCAGACUUUGACGACAGCGCUGCCGAUGCCUUCGACGAUGACACCAGUGAGGCCGAUGGCGUUGCUGUGGAUACGGAUACUACUCAGCCUGACUUCCAGCCGGACUUUGGACUAGGUGGGCUGCCUGGCGGCGCUGAUAACAGCACCAGCAGUACGGAGGUCCCGAGCUGGGCCGCGUCGGAAGAAGCGAGCAUUGUAGCGCAGAAUACGGCGUCAGCGGUGCCUGUGGCGAGCGUGCCAGUGGCCACGGCAACAUCUGUCGCACCUGCGACUAUAGAGACGUCGACAAGUGUGGCUGCAGAGACACCGGCAAGUGUGCCUGUAGAGACGUCGGUAAGUGUGGCUGCAGAGACAUCGACAAGUGUGGCUGCAGAGACGUCGACAAGUGUGGCUGCGGUGGAGGUGCCGUCUGUGAUGGUGGACAGAGAGGAUGAGGCGGCUGUGACAGACAAGGAUAUCGUAGGCUCACUCGUUGUCCCGGAUACGGUGGCCGACGACGUUGACGAUUCCGAUUCGUCGGCGGUUUCUGCCUCUAGCGCGAGUGACGGAGACGAUGAUACGGACGGGGGCUCGGGCAUCCUGCACUGGUUGAUUCCUGUGCUGGUAGUGUUGCUUAUACUGGUUAUGUCGUACUUCCUGAUGCGCCAGUACUACCGAGCGAGGCAGAAGGCGCGGACCGAUGCCUAUCUGGCACACGCACGUGGUAUGGCUGGCACCAUGGCCGCCAUGCCGGAUGCUCAGUACUUCGACCCUCGCAACGGAAGCAGCACGAACAUAAGCUCAGAUCCCAUUCACAGCGGUAUGCAUAUGGGUAUGGGAAUGCAGAAUCUUGGCGGAAAAAAACUAACGCACAGUAAAACAAAAGAGGUGACCGAUAAGGUGGGAGCGAUGGGUGAGCGUAUCGGCAAACAGUUCAAGGCCUGGGGCACGAGUAUGAGCGACAUGUUUAAUAAGAAGAAUGAGAAGCCACUCGAAUCCUACAAUCCGCACUCUGCUGUAACUGUCAAUAAAGACUCCAUGACCUCGAUACCACCAAAUGUGAUCUGGGAUGCGAAUGACACAACCAACACGAGCAGUUCGUCACACAUGAGCGUUAUACACAAGGCUAUGGGCAAUCGACCCGUGCAACCCAAGAAUACGACUACGUCAGGCUUCGGACAGGGUGUAACAAAGCUUUUCGGAUAUGGAGGUAGCAAGAACGAGGACAGCAAGCACAGUGACACGCCCGCCAGCCCGGACCCCAAACCGGCGCAAGGCGGAAGCCUAUUCUCGAAAAGCAUGGGGAUGCUAGGAGGCCUAGGCGGCGGUCGGGCCAAUAACAUGGUCGACGUAGAUACUGGAUUUCAUACAGAAGAUGACGACGACAACACUGCGACGCGUAGGAUAAAGAAUAUAGACUACUCUAAUAUGAGCUUUGGCGUCAGCAGGACACCCGAACAGUUACGUAGUCAGCGCAACACCCACGUGGCCGUUGUGGGUGGCAACGGGUAUGCGAUGUUUAAUCCUGAGGCGUCACCCGGUGCGUUUUCACCCGAUAGUGUACACUCGGCGGAUCGCUAUCUGGCACAGCGAUCCAAUCAGAUGUCUGGCCACAAUCCCUACGCUCGGACCGAAGAAAACGCCUUCCAUUCAGCCGGUGAGUGGCUGUCACCCGAACGCGAGUACAAAGUACAAAAGAGUGAAGGGAAGAAAUCUUCAAGCGGUUUGGAUCGUGGGCCUAUAGCGGCGCGUCCCCGCCCUGGUGUAACCAACAAUGGGAAUAGCGCACAUCCUGCUGUGCCGCCUCACAUUACCGAGAGUACGGCUGACAAUGUGUUCUUCAGUCCCCAUGGUUCGGUGCACGGUGAAGACAUCUAUCGAGAUGGCUAUAGUGAUGAAAGUGACGGAGAGGUCCCCAACCUCAAUUUAUCUGGAUUCUCAGGUGUCGCCCCCACUAGCUUGUAGAUAGAAUUCAACUACUUUUUCUGUGUGCAAUCCGCCGUGAUUUGUGCGUCGAAUGAGAAACCGAUAUACAUAUGUUUCAGAUCAAGCUGGUAACUUCAAACCGGUGAUUUAAAAAAUGUUAUAUUAAUCCAUCGUGUGUCCGGUAUGAUUGUUCUGCCGCUGAUUAGUACACGAGCGAAUUUUAUAAAUCUCUGGCCUACUACAAAGAUG